ACCUGUUGCCUUGCCACCACCCUGAAUGGGCCAUGUCGUCCUUGUAUACCAGGAGUAAGGAGUUUACUCGAAACAGAAAAUCUCAGUCUGAUUCUCCCCCAUCGUCUCCUUCCCCGAUUGCAAAGACACUCAGACAUGAAAGACUUCCCAGAUUAGAUGCUGUAAGUUCAAGCACUGGCACCAGCGAUACCUACACUGACCGUCCGACAGGCCGCAACAGUAGCUACACCAGAAGAGAGAAUCGUCUGGCUGCCCUCACCAGCAGAACGGAGGAUGAUAGUGGCAAGGAUUAUAGGAGACUCUAUGAAAGUGCUCUGACUGAAAAUCAAAAAUUGAAAUCCAAACUGCAAGAUGCCCAGGUGGAGCUUGUGGAUAUCAAAGCAAAAAUGGAGAAAAUUGCACAGCAGAAGCAAGAAAAAACUUCUGACCGUUCAAGUAUGCUUGAAAUGGAAAAAAGGGAGAAACGAGCUCUUGAGCGGAAGCUUUCUGAAAUGGAAGAGGAGAUGAAGGUUUUGUCAGAGCUGAAGUCAGACAAUCAGCGGCUGAAAGAUGAAAAUGGAGCACUCAUCCGGGUCAUCAGUAAACUGUCAAAGUAGUAUAUUGAAUAUAAAAGGGGCAUAAAGAGGAUAUUUCUGUGCACAUACUGCCAACGUUACAAUGUGCUUCUGAAAAAAAACCUGGCAUUUCAGACACGGAUCAGUUGGCCACACACACAGCUUGUUGCACCUUGCUGGGCAUUCCCAUAUUGCACAGUGCUUAUCCUGCCCCUCUUCUCCAAACACAGCACACCCUACCACAAUUUAUUAUUUUUGGAAUCUUGAAAUAACUUGUUCAGAGGGACAGAGACUGGGUUGGCAUGGUCAUGGCAGCCCAAAUUAUCUGCUGUAAGUCCCAUUUCCGUCCACCAUAAUCUGAUGUAUAGAAGUAUCUGCUGUAAUAAGUGAUAUAAAAGUGACUAUAUGACAUUGAUCCAACAUGUCUUAAGAUAACUGUCUUGGAGGAGAAAUUGGGAGCGAAACUGGGAAUGGUCGCUGAGGAUAUGUCAACCUCCCUUCUGGAAUAUAAAAGUCUGCAGUCUGUGAAAAUCAUAAUUACUUAUUUCUCUGGGAGUCUGACAACAGUUACUUAGCUUGGAGCUUACAUGUCACAGUAACUGACUGGUUUAUUUAAUGUAAGAUUUAAAAUCUAAUUUAAUUUGAGGGAGGACAAUCAAUGGUUCCCCCUUUCAUUUUGCUUCACCUUUGCACACCUCCUUCAAGAUGCUUCCUUAUGUUCCCUUCCAUGGUUGCCUUCCCUGGUACUAUUUAGUAAUAAUGUGGUCUUAUAACCUCUGCUUUCUUUGGCUACCACUUUUUGCUCUUGACCUUCCAAGACUUAGUGGCAAGACAGCUAACCAGCAAGGAUUGCUUAUUGAAUUUCCAGUCGCAUACAGGCCAUACCUCUCUGCACAAGAUACCAACUUAAUGUUUUCUUAGCAAGACACAUUUUUCUGUGAAACAAUAACAUUGCAUGAAAAGCCCUGCAAACUAACUGAGCAAACAAUUCAUUUUUCUGAUCAUUUUCAAAUGGAUGCAAAAUCAGUUUAAGAUAAGAGCAUUCUUGAUUUUCAAAGUGGAGGAAGGCUGAUGGAUAGAAAUACUAACCCCAGUGGAAGGUAAUGAUUUUGGUCUUGAUAGGAACUCUUAACAAAAGUACUGCAUAAUGUUUGAAUAUUUUCAUACAGUCAUCUUUUGCCCAGUAGUAAGACAUGAAUGAGUUUGCAUCCAGUGAAGACAUCAACAAGAUCUGUAUUGUUCAAAAACCUGCUUCUGUGCACACUGGAAAUGAAUGAAUUCACUUUUAUGGAUUUUUAGAAUGUAACUGCUUCAGACAUUGUGUUACUCAACAAAGAACCAGAUUUCACCCUCAGAACCUUUUAAGAAGGUUUCCUGCUGAGAAUAUGACACUUUGUCAGUGGGCAUGGUCUCUAUUUUCCUUGUGUUCUUUUUCUUCCAAAGCAUGAUAUCAAUUGUAUGAGACUAUAGUUUUGGGCUAGCUUUAGAUAAUUCUCACUGGUUAGAAAGGAACUUUUGGAAUUUGGGGGUAGUCAUGCAUUAAUAGGUAAAAAAGAGCAUUGGCAAAACAGGCAUUUCUCAGCAUAGCUCAGUGCAGCAAACUGCAUGAUCUGUGUUUGACCUGCUAAGUGUGAUCUCCAUAAUAAACACAUGGGUGUUUUUUCACAUUUCUGUUGUUUCUUAUCCAUGGGUAUUCCCCUUGUUCCCACCAGCUGAGAGGAAAUGAAUGGAAUUCUGUUAAGAGCCAGUAAUCCUGACCUCUGAGUUAGCCAAUUAAGGUGUUUGCUUUUGGACAAAGGUCUCCAAUUAUGUUAUGGUGAACUUUAAACAAAAGGAAAUAGAUCCUGACUCCUUGGCAAGCCAUUUUAAAAAAUGGCUUGACAUUCUGUAUCAUGCAUGAUCAUUGGUACAGCAUAUGAUCAGGAUUCAGGAUGGGUACAAUUCCAUAUGCUUUACUACUAUUCAUAGCAUUUUUUAAAAAUACAUAUUUUUGUAUGUUUGGUAUUUUUGACACUUCUCUUACUCUCGCUUACUGUUCAACUUGUUUGAGACCUAGAUAGGCUGGGCCAAGGAAGGGAAUUGCUUUUCCUUCUACCACAGAACCAUGAAGGAUUUUCGGCUCCUACUUUCCACGACGGGCACGAAUGCAUGUGCUGAUCUCUCUAGUGCUUAUAAUCUACUAUGCAGUGAUUCUUGCACACUCCUAUUGCCAGUUCUUAACCGAAGCAUAAAAGGUUAAACAAAACUCACAGUUUUGAUGUACAUAACUUUAAUGACAAAAAUUAUUAAUGCUUAUAGCAGCACAAAGGAUGACACAACAUGAAGUCAAGACUUUGAAUGUUGGUUUGAUAAAUACACUUGGAUUCCACCUAAGUUGAAAAUUAUGUGGAAAAAAUAGUCUCAUUGAUAAGGCAAGGCAUUGGCUAUCAUGUAGUGCCAUGGAAAAAGCCUAAAUCAGAUUAGUCCGUGGGAGUCAUUAUUAUCACUUCUUGGCCUUUGGCUAAGAUCAAGUGUAUACUGAUAUUAUGGGCAUCAAGGUAUGCAUUUUGAUAGUGCUUUAUUUUAAUGAUCAAGUUUGUCACCUUUAAGCUUUGAAGGCCUCCAAAUCAACCACUUCAACCCCAUAUUUAUCUCAGCACUGAAAUAAACACUGGCCUAGUUCAAGUAAUCAUAUCUUGGCUGAAUAAGUUUCAGAUAUGAAUAAGUCCUCCCUUUGGAUGAGGCACAAUCAGGAAAUUACUAGCCAUUGUUUACCAUUUUGACCCAACUGAAAAACACUGGCCACCAACUUCAGAACAUGAUGAAACCUUAAGAUGCUUACUGCUUCCAAAGCUGAUUCAGGUGAAUUGGGAAACUGUGUUUAAACUAAUCACGUUGCAUGCACAGGCAAAAAUCCCAUGCAUAUCUUUGUUAAUGACUUUAACUCAGAUUUUACCCAAGGGAGUGAACUUUUCUGCAGAAUUCAGUAAUUCCAGCUGUUAAGCAUGUUUUUAAAGAAAUCUAGUGAGAACAUAUUCCCCCUUAUUGAUGAUUACUUCAUAUUGGUAGUGUUAGAAUCCAGAAGGAUUUUAUAUAAUUGUGUAGUCCACUAGAGAAUUCUCUGCAUAAAUGUCAAAUUAUGUGGGUGAAACAGUGAAAGGUUAUUCUGCAAUGUGAAAGAGGAAGGCUUUUAAGCUUGUGGACACAGGAAAGUUGUUCUUGAAAACAGGAAAAAGACUCUUCUGCUUUGCUACUUUCUUACUCUGAACAAUUUACAGAGCUAAAUGUACAUCUCAGUAUGUAUCAUGCUUUUCCACAGCUAUUUUGAAGUUUCUGUGCAACUCUUUGACUUCAAAUUCAUAGCUCAUACAGUAAGGAUGAAACAGAACAAUGAGUGUCAUUGUUCAAACGGUGAAGGCAAGGUUUAAGAUGGACAACUUUUUGGUCAAAGCAGAGUUUCUGAUUAGAGGCAUGCAGAAAGGACUAGGUUAAGGAAACAAAUAUAAAUAGGAAAGACGUCUUGAGAGAUUACUUUGCCAUUGCUUGGUUUGUAUUAAGAGAGACAAUGUUGUGUUUCAGUAAAAUGGAUGAACCACUGUUAUACAAGAAAACAUAGAAAAGGAUUUGAAUUGGGGCAUGGGAACACAGAGGCAGGUGGAAGAGCAAGUGUACUUGGCUUCAUCAAUAUUUAGUGACAGUUGAUAUUGUAUAGUAUGGUAGUAUCUGCCCUUUAUAUCCCUACUGAUUUACUGUUGGCAGAGGGAAUUAAUGGAUGAAUCUAGAGAUCUGACCAGACACACCUCAGUCAGGAAGGCAGCAGUUCAUCUCUGGGAAUGUAGGAUUUAUGAGUGUACUACUUUCUGUCAAAUAAGCUAAUUUCAGAUUGGUUUAUGAUUUCCACUCCACAUGGGCUUAACUUUAAUUAGUGGAAGCAAGCCUAUCAAAGUCUGAUAACAUAGUCAUCAGCACUAUAGCACACCCUUUCUUUUAUGGGCUAUAUAUGCCAUCCAGUGUUGGAUGUUCAGCUAAAACUCUUUCCCAAGGCGUAACCCAGAAUUACAAGACUAGUGAUAAAGCUAUUUGCCAAUAAAUUAAACCAGUGGAAAUAAGUUAUAUGCUGCCCCAUGGCAAUGCUUGAGUAGGCAAGAGACUUAAUAUUUGUUUUUCAUUGAGAAGGUUCAGUUUUGUUCCUGGCUGAUCGCAUGGGAUGAUCUGACACAUUUAGGUUAAAGAGUAUUGUUCCAUUGUGCUUGCAGGAUAGCAAGCUUAAUGUGAGAGUGUAAAUUGUAGAAAUCAAAAUGUAGAUCCCUUUCCCUCUUGACAUUUGACACAUUAUGACUUGAAUCUUUUUUGACCCCCUGCCCCCCCCCCCCCCAAAAUAGAUGAUAGGUGGCUAAGGCCUGGGACUUACUGGUGAUUGCUUGAAUUCAGACUUAGGCAUACUUAAAGUAGAUCUACUGAAAUAGGUUAGACGUCAGUAAGUUAUGGUGAGUUUUAAGUCCCACUGACUGCCUAAGCAUGUCUAGCAACAAUCCUAUAAAGAAAGGUGCUGCGAAGAUUUCUAUUGCAUCAUGUGUUCUUAACUCCAUAACUUGGGAGUGGUGAGCCAUUUUGUGUCUGGGGGCUAGAUUUCCUCCCCAAAUAACCCCUUGACCUCUAUGGUAUUAGGGAGUUUUGGAAUAACUGUUACCGUUAAUAAAUGGAAACACAUUUAUACAUUUGUAGACAAUUUUCUGAAUCUGGAAGGUGGGUGUUUAUUAGUACCUGAAAGUGAUAUUUUUGUUGAUCUUUCCACAAGUGAGUCAGUUGACAGACAUCUCCAUUUCUCACUAAGAAUGUAGUUGGCCCUUUGCACUCACAUUGCUGCAACCUCUGCACAGUCCUUCUGUAUUUUUCCCUUGGCUUGAUGUAGUUUUUCCCCACCCAACUAAGCUCACUACCAUACUAGCGCACUUGAUGAAAAGGGCAGCUUCUAAAUUUGAAGUGCAUUACUUGUGGAUGCAUACCUCUAUUGCGGGGUAUUAAGAAUGCAAAGUAGAGGGGCUUUUUCAAAAGGCAACUAUAUGUUAGUUUCAAGUUUGCAUAAUUCCCCAGGCUUUUUUGUUGAAUGAUCUGUGGGUGGAUCACAUUCACCUCCAUAUUUGAAAUCUUUUUGUGUGAUUUUGCUAGAGGCAGCAUGUUCUAAGAAGAUUUGUUUUUGUUUUUCUAAGAUAGCAGUGCACAGGUGAAAUCAACUCAACUCCCAGAGCGACUUCCUUUCCCCUGACACAUGUUCUCUUUUCUUGGGGCAAGUUGGACCCUUGGUGAAUGUAAAUUUCAGAGUGUUCUCACUAAAUCCUCUUGUGUAACAGCAGGAUCUAAGCCUUUGCCAUGAGAUCUGUUGUGUUUCCCUCCCCAACCUCCUGCUGUUGAGGAAUGUAGUAACAAGUCCCCUCCACAAUUGUUGACUCCUGGAAAAGAGAUGGUGGUGUUCUGUGAUUGGCUCGCUAACUUUCCACAUGCAAGCUUUCUGUACUUACCUGUUUUAAGGAGAGUUUUACAGAUCUUUGUAAAUACACUACUUGGAUAAAAGACUAGCUUGUGAGUGAUGGAAAAGAAUGUAUUUUUAUGCAACUUUCUGAGUGGCCUUUCAAAUUCUGAGAUGAAUGAUUUUUGUUUUCCUGAUUGUUAUAUAGUAUUCUAAGUAUUAUAUGUUUGAAAGUUUGGGAAUAAUAUUCACAUCUAUGAUGCUUGUAAACACAACAGUAUUUAUAAAUGAAUAAAAUAAGUGCUUUAA